AUGGGAUGUGAAGGCGUGAAGCAGACAGAGCUACAGUUAUUUCCAACCUCCAAAAGGAAAGUGAGAGAUGCUUGUAAUGUACUUAUUCUGAUUCUUCACCAGUUCUAUGGAGAAUCAACACCAUUUGGUAAGAAGUCGCAUAAGACGGCUGAGAUAUUGGGUUACCUGAACUCUCAGCAGGCGUUGGCUGAUUAUGCAAUCAUGAUUAGAAGCUUGAAGCAGAAUUUAUCGUCCGAGGCAUCACCUGUGGUUGUAUUUGGUGGCUCGUAUGGUGGAACGUGGUUCAGGCUCAAGUAUCCCCACAUAGCAAUCGGAGCAUUAGCAUCCUCUGCUCCAAUUCUUCAAUUCGAUAAUAUUGUGCCAUUAACAAGCUUCUAUGAUGCAAUAUCUCAGGAUUUUAAGGAUGCGAGUGUUAAAUGUUUCAAAGUCAUAAAGAGAAGCUGGGAAGAGCUAGAUGCAGUUUCCAACAUGAAGCAUGGCUUGCCAGAACUCAAGAUGGUGAUGACAUUGAGCUGCUCAAACAAGAGCAUGUUCCCACCGUACGAAAAUGACUUUGAGAAAAUUGAAGAACAGUUCAUGAGUAGAUUCGGAGUCAAGCCUCGACCACAUUGGAUCACCACAGAGUUUGGUGGGAAGGGUGCGCACCAUGCGUAUGGAUCUCAGGGCAGCUACGAAAGGCGACCCGGAGUGGUUAAAAGAGCAGAGGAAGCAAGAGGUGGCCAUUAUAGAAAAGUGGAUCAGUGA